UUGGGUUACGAGAAUUUUACUUCAAGGUCCUCUUUUGGGAGUAAAUAGAGGUGGUAUAAAUGCAAAGACGAGCAACAAUGGCACACAGUUGACGUUCAGUAGUUCGCAUGAAAAUGAAUGCGUUCGCCGUUUUACUCUUGUGCAGUGUCGUGGGUAGUGCUGUAGGGUACUACACGCAAAGAGUAGCUCCCUACAACACUGGACCAAAUGAUCCCUACGCAGCAGCUGUCAAUCCCAACUUUGUGCCAGAACCAUCACAACGCCUAUUUUGGAAUAGGCAGGGUGGCAGCAAUCAAGUCGGCGGCACAGGAUUAUGGGGCAUGUUAACAAAUAAAUACCCAUUUUUGGGAAACAUGUUCGGCCGUUUAGAGUUACCGCAACAGGGUGCCCUAGGCCAAUAUAAUGAUUUAGCUGCACAAUAUGGUCCACCCGCCAGGUUUGAGCCUCAAUAUUACCAAGCCCAACAAUUUGCCCAACAGCUCCCCAGACAAUUUGGACAGAACUUCGGUCCAUUCGGCCGCGACGUUGCUUUGACUGAUGACGCUGUAAUAGUUACACCACCCCAGGUGCCAAUUGGACCGCAGCCUGUACCAGCGCCAGCGCCUGCACCUUUCCCAGUACCUGCUCCAACCCCCUCGCCGCAACCGGACCAAGGAUAUCACUACAACAAGCCGCAGUACAGACUUGACUUACCUCACAAAUAAAUUGCAAAUACCAAUGAUAGCUUAAGUAUUUUAUGGAGGAUCUUUAGUUAUUUAUCUGUACUUAAAUAUUUAUUAACUAUUCCUGUCACUACUGAAAUACGUAAUUGGAAUACGUGAUGUAAAAAAGUGCAGAUAAUAGUUUGUGUCGCAUGCACAAUGCAUCGUUAUUUUUUAUGCGAACUGCCUGAGGUCUUUAUUUACUUAUAGAGUGCAAGCGACAACGAAACGGUGUCAGAAAUAACUGAUUUUACAUGUGUUAUAUAUAAAUAAUAAAAAAUUAUAUAUUGUUAGCAUUUUCCAAUUUCACUAUACGCCUAGUAAUUCAAUAGAGAAAUGACAUCUAUAAACUUUAUUAGAUAUUACAUUAUCUAGGUAUGGUUAUAAUAUUUUUUUUAUAUAUUUUCAUAAGGUAAUAUAAUUUUACAUUAUUUUUCAGCAGAACAUUUAAUUCAAUUUUUUGGUAUAGAUUAAAAUUACGUGUUUCAUGUUUUCUUUUACAUAUCUUAUUAGGUAUUUACUGAACUAUAUUUACCAGCGCAAAAAGCUCUCUUAAAACGUACUGACACAUUUUAUUUACUAACUAAAUUAUUUAUUGUCUUUAAUUGUAAUCUACCGCAAUAAAUCCACUAUAAAUGAAUUAUAUUUUUAUUUUAUU